AUGGGAAAAGAUGUUGAGUCCGGCCACUCGGGUCGCAUUUCACACUUUCAACGGGUCCUCCAUCAAGGCGUCCUCAACGAUGAUAUUAUCAACCAUGUCUACAGAGGCUCAGGGACCGAAAACGACCCAUUUCUGGUGACUUGGAUCGAGAACGAUCCAGUCGAUCCAAUCAACUACCCAGCCAGUCUCAAAUGGGGCAUUACUGUGCUCGUAGGCUUCGCUACAUUGGCAGUGGCUUUUGUCUCUUCGGCAUACUCUGGUGGCAUAGCCGAGAUCAUGCAAGAGUUUAAGACGGUGCAAAUUAUUGCUACCUUGGGAAUUUCGUUGUAUGUGAUGGGAUUUGCCAUUGGUCCAUUGAUCUGGGCUCCAAUGAGUGAAAUGUACGGCCGCCAGUACCUAUUCUGCAGCACUUACAUUAUAUUCACUGUUUUCAAUGCUGGCGCAGCCGGCUCGCAGAACAUCGAGACUUUGGUUAUCCUGAGAUUUCUGGCCGGCGCAUUUGGCUCAUCACCGUUGACCAACGCUGGUGGUGUUAUUGCGGAUAUGUUCUCUGCCUCCCAACGAGGUGUUGCAAUGACCAUCUUUGCUACAGCUCCAUUCUUUGGGCCUGCCCUUGGGCCAAUCAUUGGCGGAUUCGUUUGCCAGAACGUUGGCUGGCGCUGGAACCAAGGCGUCAUGGCAAUCUUCACUGGAGUUUUGUGGUUUAUCUGCACGAUUCUCGUUCCCGAAACCUACGCUCCUGUGCUUCUAAGCAAGCGUGCCAAAGCCCUAUCAAAAAAGACUGGACUGGUCUACAUGAGCAAAGCAGACGUUGAACAGGGCACGAAAUCCAUCGGAUCAGUGUAUAAGACUGCUCUUACCCGACCCUGGGUUCUACUUUUCUGCGAACCCAUCGUUCUUCUGUUCUCCAUCUAUAUGGCCAUUAUCUAUGGAACGCUCUACAUGCUAUUCGGCGCCUUUCCCAUUGUCUUUCAGCGGGGUCGCGGAUGGUCCCAGGGUAUUGGCGGUCUCUCCUUCAUUGGUGUCGCUGUUGGUAUGCCUAUCGCCGUCGUAUACUGCAUUUGGGACAACAAACGAUACAACAGAGCCAUCGAAGCUUCGAAGUCUGGUGUUGCUGAACCAGAGGCUCGACUUCCGCCAGCAUUCAUCGGAUCCAUCGCCAUACCCAUUGGAAUGUUCUGGUUUGCGUGGACGAACCAGCCGAGCAUUCAUUGGAUUGUUAGUAUCAUGGCUGGUGCUCCGUUCGGGUUUGGUAUGGCGGUGGUCUUCCUUUCGGUCAUGAACUACCUUGUCGACUCCUAUCUGAUUUAUGCUGCGUCGGUGCUGGCCGCCAGUUCUGUGCUACGCUCACUAUUUGGCGCAGCUUUCCCGCUUUUCACAAGCUAUAUGUACGGUGCUGUCAUUCGCAAGCGCUGCAAGUUUGCUGCAGAUGCUGCAGUGUUAUUAGAGAAGAUGCAGCGGACUAGUUAG